GGGGUCCGCAGAACGGGGGGGGCCCGAAGAGCGUGGGGAUGUGAGGUGCCCACAGAGCGUGAGACAUGCAGCCACGGCGCAUGAGAUCCCCGAGGUGUUUGGUGUAACUGUGACGUGCGGGGUGGCCGUGGUCCACUGGAUGGUCGCGGGGUGCGUGGGGUGCCUGUAGUGCGUGCAGAGCCCGCGGUGUGUAGGGUGCCCGUCAUGAAGGGGGUGUCUGUGGUGCGUGGGGCACCCACAUCAUAGUUCCCCUGCUCCCUCACAGGGCUCCAGGCCAGCUCCGGCCUCCUGGUUGUGCCACAUUGCUCCAUCCAUGCCCACACCACAGCACAGAGCCUCACCAGUGCCUGGCACAGUGCUCAGCAGCCAGACAUCCAGGGCUGGGCAGCACCCUGGCCCUGCUGCUCACUGCACCUCCCCAGCUCUGUUUGCUGUCCAUGCUCCCCCCGCCCCGCCCACAGGGCACCCAGCACCCCGCUUGGGUGGGCAGCUGCGGGGGCUCCAUACCCAUCCUGCCUCCUCCACGCCUCGCUGCCAGUCCCCUUCCUGCGCCCCUCCACUCAGCCGUGAUGGAUAGACACGCAGCUCGGCAAUCGCUGUACUCAUUUCACGUGUGAUUAAAAAGCUGGUCCCGCAGCACAGUUCACCCGGCGCGUCUGCCACAGCCGCCCGGGCGGGAGGCGGCCGCGGUGCUGCGCAGCAGCAAACAUGGCAUUUCAUAAAUAAAUUGGGUUUAUUUACCCAGAGCCCACAUGCCAGCACGGGUAGUGCAGCGUGGGCACCCGAGGUGCCCGAGCAGCAGGCGCAGCGGUGGGACCCGCGGGUGACGCGGCGAGCUGUGCCGCAGCCGGCACGGGGACAGCAGCGCCGGGGACCGCAGCGCCUGUCCGUGCCGUGACCCCCGGGCCGGCCCCAGGCUGCGGCUGGGGGGGUCGUUAAACCAGUGAAAUAUGAAAUGCCUGUAUAUCCCCGACAGGAGUUUUAAUUAAAUUAAUUGCCAGUGACAUUGUAAAAGUGCUGAUGGGGUAAUAACCGGCGCGUUAUGGUCGCCGUUUAUCUUCCCCGCGUAAAUUAGCUGCCGCACCUUGCCCGGUCCCGGUGGGCAUCGCGGCGGGCUCGUCGGCACCCACUCCCCGGCUCUGAGGGGCCUGAGCCGGCUGGGGGGAGCGGCAGGGCCUGGAGCCUCCCCGGGGCACUCAGGCAGAGCCCAAGGGACCCUCGUGUCGCUCGCGUUCCCGGCAGGUGGCCGUGCCAGGCGGGAGCCAGCCGGGGUGGGCACAGGCAGUGGGGUCCCACGGGCACAUGGGGAGUGGCUGGUGGUUGCCAAACGAAGGUACUUAAUUACUGCGCAUUCCAUCCCAUUUAAUUGCUUAUUAAAUCCUAACCAGCCAAUUAGCAGCAGCAAUUACAGCUUCAUUCAGUGACACAAUCGCUAUUUUAUCGUUUGUUAAUCAAAUGCUUAUUUAGGGCCCUGGUUUAUUAACUCUUUCCACAGCAGGCACCGGCGGGGUGGGGGGAGAAGAGACACCUGGCCUUGUCUAGGUUGGGAUGCGAUAUCGUGGGACUGUGCCAUGUGUCAUGUGCCCAGCACUGCUGUCCCUGUGAGGGCAUGUGUGUCCAGCACUGAGCCAUCCUCACCAGCCCAGGGCCAGCCAGCCCCCGUGUGCCCUGUAAGCGUGGGUGUCAGUGGCACACUCUGCUGUGCCACCCUGCCGUGUCACCACUCCUUGUCCAGCAUCCCUGUGCCACUCUGGGAUGCAGCAGGGCAGGAUGCGGCCCCUGGUCAGUGCCUCACAGCGUGCUGGAGAAGGGGGUGGCAGGCACCCCGGAGGCAUGAGCGAUGGCCCUUGUUGGUCACACUACAUUUCCUUUUCAUUAGUGCUAAGUGUGGACAUGAGGGAUCGGCAAGGGUUCAGCGGGCACAGCCACUGCGUGGCUGCUUUCCCUGAUGGAUGGCGGGGUGGGAGAGGGCUGCCGCACUGCUGGUGGAAGGGACAGUGGGGAGGCACAGGGCCACUGGCACAUGGCCGUGCCAGUGUGGCUGAUGUCCCAGCCAGGGCACGUGGAGGUGGCCGAGCCCCAUCUCCCCACAGGUGCUCAGCAAAGCGCGACCGUGGCCAACCCGGCAUCUGGCGCAUCCUCGGACCUGCUGCCGCACUUCCAGCUGGAACCAGAGGAUGUCUACAUUGUGAAGAACAAGGCAGUGAGCCUGGCCUGCCGUGCCACCCCUGCCACGCAGAUCUACUUCAAGUGCAAUGGCGAGUGGGUGCACCAAGGUGACCACGUUACGCAGCACAGCACCGACCGCAGCACCGGGCUGCCAGUGAUGGAAGUGCGCAUCGAGGUCACCCGUCAGCAAGUGGAGAAGAUCUUUGGGCUGGAGGAGUACUGGUGCCAGUGCGUGGCCUGGAGCUCCUCCGGCACCACCAAGAGCCAGAAGGCCUUCGUGCGUAUCGCCUAUCUGCGCAAGAACUUCGAGCAGGAGCCAACAGCCAGGGAGGUCUCCAUUGAGCAGGGCAUCGUGCUGCCAUGCCGCCCUCCCGAGGGCAUCCCCCCCGCCGAGGUGGAGUGGCUGCGCAACGAGGAGCUGGUGGACCCGGAACUGGAUGCCAACGUCUACGUGACGCCAGAGCACAGCCUGGUGCUGCGUCAGGCCCGCCUGGCCGACACUGCCAACUACACCUGCGUGGCUAAAAACAUCGUGGCCCGGCGCCGCAGCGCCUCUGCUGCCAUCACUGUCUACGUGGACGGAGCCUGGUCGGAGUGGAGCAAAUGGUCGGAGUGCGGGGCCGAAUGCACCCACUGGCGCAGCCGCGAGUGCUCGGAGCCGGCACCACGCAACGGAGGCCGGGAUUGUCACGGCCCCGAGCUGGACACCCGCAACUGCACCUCUGAGCUCUGCACCCACGCUGCCCCCGGCGCGGAGGACGUAGCACUGUACGUGGGGCUGGUGGCCGUGGCCGUGUGCCUGGUGCUGCUGCUGCUGGUGGGGGUGCUGGUGUACUGCCGCAAGAAGGGGGGCCUGGACGCUGAUGUGGCUGAUUCCUCCAUCCUCACCGCCGGCUUCCAGCCCGUCAGCAUCAAACCCAGCAAGGCUGACAACCCCAGCCUGCUCACCAUCCAGCCAGACCUCAGCACCACCACCAUGACCUACCAGGGCUCGCUCUGCCCACGCCAGGACGGCCCUGCCAAGCUCCAGCUGCCCAACGGGCACCUGCUGAGCCCGCUGGGUGCUGGACGGCACACGCUGCACCACAGCUCGCCCGCCGCCGAGGGUGCUGACUUCGUGGCCCGGCUCUCCACACAGAGCUACUUCCGCUCCCUGCCCCGCGGCACCAACAACAUGGCCUACGGCACCUUCAACUUCCUGGGGGGGCGGCUCAUGAUCCCCAACACAGGGAUCAGCCUGCUCAUCCCACCUGAUGCCAUCCCACGGGGGAAGAUCUAUGAGGUCUACCUGACCCUGCACAAGCAGGAGGAGGUGAGGCUGCCCCUGGCUGGCUGCCAGACGCUGCUGAGCCCCAUCGUCAGCUGUGGCCCCCCCGGGGUCCUCCUCACCCGCCCCGCCAUCCUGGCCAUGGGGCACUGCGUGGAAGCCAGCGCUGAGAACUGGAGCAUCCGGCUGAAGAAGCAGUCGUGCGAGGGCACGUGGGAGGACGUGCUGCAGCUGGGCGCUGAGCCGUGCACAGAGCUGUACUACUGCCAGCUGGAAGCGCAGGCUUGCUACGUGUUCACGGAGCAGCUGGGGCGCUUUGCCCUGGUCGGGGAGUCCCUCAGCAUGGCGGCCUCCAAGCGCCUCAAGCUGGUCCUGUUCGCGCCGGCCGCCUGCCCCUCGCUCGAGUACAACAUCCGCGUCUACUGCCUCAGUGACACCCAGGACGUCCUCAAGGAGGUGAUCCAGCUGGAGAAGCAGCUGGGAGGGCAGCUGAUCGGAGCCCCCCGGGUGCUGCACUUCAAGGACAGCUACCACAACCUGCGCCUCUCCAUCCACGAUAUGCCCAGCUCCCUCUGGAAGAGCAAGCUCCUCGCCAGCUACCAGGAGAUCCCCUUCUACCACAUCUGGAGCGGGCUGCAGCCCUUCCUGCACUGCACCUUCACCCUGGAGCGCCUGAGCACCAGCACCUGUGAGCUGGCCUGCAAGAUCUGGGUCUGGCAGGUGGAGGGAGACGGGCAGAGCUUCACCGUCAACUUCAACAUCGCCAAGGACACAAGGUUUUCAGACUGGCUGGUCCCCGACGAGGUGGGCACCCCGGCUCUGGUGGGCCCCAGUGCCUUCAAGAUCCCCUUCCUCAUCCGCCAAAAGAUCAUCAGCAGCCUGGACCCGCCGGGCACACGGGGAGCCGACUGGAGGACACUGGCACAAAAGCUCAACCUUGACAGCCAUCUCAGCUUCUUCGCCUCGAAGGCCAGCCCCACAGCCAUGAUCCUCAACUUGUGGGAAGCACGGCACUUCCCCAAUGGCAACCUCUCCCAGCUGGCUGCCGCCGUGGCCGAGGUCGGCAAGCAGGACAGUGCCCUCUUCUCCGAGGCUGAGUGCUGAGCAUGGCGGGUCCCACGGGACCACCACCAUGGGGCUAAGGGGGCCCUGGCUGGCCCACCAGGCUCCUACUGCCCCACAGCGCACGAGGAGGGCUGCCUGGCCCCCUUGGGAGGGCAGGAUGCACCUGCCCCAUGGCAGUCAGGCCCCUCCAGCACUGUGGCGGCGGGACUCAGCCCAGCCCUGGGGGUCCCAGAGCCCCACGGUGGGGGACUGGGGGGGCACGGGGUGUGCGUCGUGCGUGCGGUGCCGUCGUGGUGUCUGCGUGUGGGGCCAGGCGGCCCCGGGCCCCGUGCCGUGUUGUGUAAAGCCCGUUUUUUUAAUUCUGUAUUAAGUGCAUUCAAGUAUUUACACUUGGCCUUAUGUACAUAGCGGUGCCGCGGGCGGGGGGUCUGCCGGACGUGAAUGUAAAUAAAUUCGAUAUAUAU